AUGGCCAGCCAGUCGCAGGGCAUCCAGCAGCUGCUGCAGGCCGAGAAGCGGGCUGCAGAGAAGGUGUCAGAGGCCCGCAAGCAAAAGAACCGGAGGCUGAAGCAGGCCAAAGCAGCAGCUCAGGCUGAAACUGAACAAUACCGCCUGCAAAGAGAGAAGGAGUUCAAGGCCAGGGAAGCUGCGGCUCUGGGAUCCCAUGGCAGCUGCAGCACCGAAGUGGAGAAGACGACCCAGGAGAAGAUGACCAUCCUCCAGGCCUACUUCCAGCAGAACAGGGAUGAAGUCUUGGAUAACCUGCUGGUCUUUGUCUGUGACAUCCGGCCAGAAAUCCAUGAAAACUACCACAUAAAUGGAUAG